GUGACGUGAUCGUGUCGCGAAACAAUCCACGCUGCGCAUUACGGACUGUCUAGCUAUAUCUUUUCCCCGGGCACUCAAUUCCUUGGUUGAGCCAUGGCUGGGCUCCAGCAAUCAAGCUACUACGACCGGCAGUACCGCCAAUCGGCCGCGCUCAUCCGCGCGAGAAAGCCUUAUCUCGUCAAGAAUGCCGUCCUCGGAACCGCCAUUACGGCAUUCGCGAUUGGGAUCUACGCUUACACACUUAGCGUCGUCGGCCAAGAUGAGUUCGAAGAUGUCAAGGUUCCGGAUGUGUCGGCAAAGGCAGCUCCGGUAGCUAUACAAAAUCAGAAGAAGUAAAAAGGUGACAAGACAGUGUGGUACGAUUGCCAUCCAUUACAUAGGUGGUUCUGCGCCCCGGAAAGCUCGGACAGCCAUUGUAGGAGUAUAAGACACGACUGGGACCGCAAAUAUGGACUACCUAGACAUGUAAAAUAGAGUUGGUUUCCUUGUGCAUAAAAAUACUAAAUAACAACUCCCAAGGUAUAUGUAAACU